AUGAGUCAUCGAAAAUUUGAACAUCCACGACAUGGUAAUCUUGGAUUUUUACCUAAGAAAAGAGCACGUCGUCAUCGUGGAAAAGUAAAAUCAUUUCCAAAAGAUGAUCCAAAAAAACCGGUACAUCUUACGGCUUUUCUUGGUUAUAAAGCAGGUAUGACCCAUAUCGUACGUGAAGUCGAUCGACCAGCUUCAAAAUUAAAUAAAAAGGAAACAGUUGAAGCUGUAACUAUUAUUGAAACACCACCUAUGGUUGUUGUUGGUGUUGUUGGUUAUAUUGUAACACCACGUGGUCUUCGUGCAUAUAAAACAAUCUAUGCCCAACAUUUAAAUGAAGAAUGUCGUCGUCGUUUUUAUAAAAAUUGGUAUGCAUCAAAACGAAAAGCUUUUUCAAAAUAUUCACAAAAAUGGAAUGAUGAUGCAGGAAAAAAAGCACUUGAUAAUGAUUUUAAACAAAUGACAAAAUAUUGUAAGGUUAUACGUGUAUUAGCACAUACACAAAUGAAAUUAUUACGUAAACGACAAAAAAAAGCACAUAUUAUGGAAAUACAAUUAAAUGGUGGUACAGUUGAAGAAAAAGUUAAAUUUGCACGUGAACAUUUAGAAAAACAAGUACCAGUUAGUCAAGUUUUUUCAAAAGAUGAAAUGAUUGAUGCAAUAUCAGUUACAAAAGGUCGUGGUUUUAAAGGUGUUACAUCACGUUGGCAUACAAGAAAAUUACCACGUAAAACACAUAAAGGUUUAAGAAAAGUAGCUUGUAUUGGUGCAUGGCAUCCAGCACAUGUAUCACGAGCAGUUGCUCGUGCUGGUCAAAAAGGUUAUCAUCAUCGUACGGAAAUAAAUAAGAAAAUUUAUCGUAUUGGUGAAGCUAUACAAGUUAAAGAUGGUAAAACAGUUAAAAAUACAGGUUCAACUGAACAUGAUCCAACAGAAAAAACAAUUAAUCCUAUGGGUGGUUUUCCACAUUAUGGUGAAGUUAAACAAGAUUUUAUCAUGAUUAAAGGUUGUUGUAUUGGUCCAAAGAAACGUCCGAUAACAUUACGUAAAUCACUUAUACUUAAUCCAAAACGUUCACAUCGUGAACAAAUUGAAUUACGUUUUAUUGAUACAUCAUCGAAAUUUGGUCAUGGUAGAUUUCAAACACAUGAAGAAAAACGUAUAUUUAUGGGUCCACUUAAAAAACAUCGUCUUCAAGAAGAACAACAACUUACAACAACAGCAACAACAACACAAACAAAAUCAACAUAG